AUGGUCGUGCUGGAUUUUCACGUGGUCGUUGACCCGGAACGUCUCAAAGAGUACCGGCGAAGGCACAAGGAGCGGAUCAGGGGUUGCUCCAUUCGGACAAUCUUCAUGAUCAUGCCAGUGACCUUGAUCUUGGUCUCUUGGGUCGCGUCGCUCUACUUCAACACCACGCCUUUGACCCUCCUGGCGUUCGGACAAGUGGACAAUGCGCACGCUCCGAAGAUGAUCAGCAUCGGUGACUGCUGCCCACCCAUCAUGAGGCUUGAACAUCUCAAGGGCCAAGACGUGGCGGCCAAUGUCUCGGUGCUGCUUCUAGCGGCCAUGGACCGCGCGGAGGAGGUGAGUGAGGCUCCGAGACUCUACUGGAUCGCCUUGGAGUCGCAAGCGGAGCCCAUCACCCCCUCCUCCCUGCAGGUGUUGCAGGGCACCGACGCCAAUAACAAUGCUGCAUUUCGAUUUGGAAGUGCGGUGACCACGAGGAGUCAGUCCUAUACCUGGCUGGAGACGCAUCAUAAUGAAGAUGCCUCCACGCACUACAAGACGCUGCUGAAGCAGGAGAAGAUGUACAAGACCACGGAGCCCUUUGAAGCAAGUUUCCUCAUCUCUGGGAUUCAGGCCGCCUAUCCCACGACCUAUACGGUCUUCGUCACCGCACAAAACCCCCAGAGCCGGGCCCUGGCCAGCCAGCCUGCCAGAGGCAGCUUGCUCAUCCCUGCCUGUGCCUCCUUCUGCAAGAGCUGCGAGCUCGCGGGUGCACGCUUCUGCGACCCCGGACAGUGCAUUGAAGGCACGCAUUAUCAUGCCGGCCGCUGCUACCCAUGCGUGGAGAAUUGUGACUCCUGCGACUUCAUGGCCACCCCGCUGGACUUCGGCUUCGUGAAUCUCACGGACCAGGAGUCCAUCCAGUGCGACCGCGCGGGCUGCAAGCAGGGCUUCGGCUACCAAGGUGGUAGGUGUUUGGAGUGCCACGUGAAGCAUUGCCGGGACUGCGAGGAGGACUUAGCGAGUUGCUCGCUGUGUUUGCCGGGCUUGGGCUUGGACUCGAAUGGUACAUGCCAGCAAUGCGGCGGGCCCCACUGCAGGUGUUUGGAGCAGGGAGGCUGUGAAGAGUGCGAAGACGGCUGGGGCCCGGCGGAGAACGCCACCUGCGUGAAGUGUGCUUCGGGCUGUAAGAGCUGCCCUGGCUCACACAAGAGCUGCAAAGAGUGUGAGCCAGGCUACAUUUUUGCCCCGAAGACCGGCAUUUGCGAGCGUUGCAUUGAUCACUGCCGCAUCUGCAAGGACAGUGGCCGACACAGCUGCGACGAGUGCUAUCCUGGCUGGGGCUUGAACCCACUCAGCAUGAGGUGCGAAACGUGCCAGGCAGCCAAUUGCUUGAAGUGCAAUGGGAAUCAGCGAAUGUGUUCGGAAUGCCAAAGCGGCUUUGGAGUGACGCCCGAAGGGACCUGCCAAGACUGCGGAGAGUUCUGCAAGAACUGCGAUUCCAUCGACAACUGCAAGGUCUGCCAAAGUGGCUUCGUGUCCAUCAAGGGGCAGUGCAAAGGCUGUGCAGACCGUUGCAAUGUUUGUGAUAAGGCCGGCCCGGCCAAGUGCGACCGCUGCUUCCAGGGCUUCCACCUCACCAAGGAGUCCAUUUGUGAGCGAGGGGCGGCCAGCUGA